AUUUGCAACUUGGAAACUGUACCUUUGAACCUAAACCCAAACCGCGACUACGCUACAUACACACCUUUGAUUUUUUCUUUCUGAUAUACGAAUGGAUUAAGCCUCUGAUCACAACAAGAUAUAGAUAGAGAGUGAUGUCGAAUUUGUACGGAGAUUUCAACCAGAAGAUCGAUUACGUUUUCAAAGUGGUGUUGAUCGGUGACUCCGCCGUCGGCAAGACCCAGCUUCUCGCUCGGUUUUCGAGGAACCAAUUCAACGUCGAUUCCAAAGCCACCAUCGGCGUCGAGUUUCAGACCAAAACCCUCGUCAUCGAUAGCAAAACUGUCAAGGCUCAAAUAUGGGACACCGCUGGCCAAGAAAGGUACAGGGCAGUAACUAGUGCAUAUUAUCGCGGCGCUGUUGGAGCAAUGUUAGUUUAUGACCUGACUAAGCGUCAAUCGUUUGAUCACAUGGCGAAGUGGUUAGAGGAGCUAAGAGGUCAUGCUGACACAAACAUUGUUAUAAUGCUAAUUGGCAACAAGUGUGAUCUGGCAACACUUAAAGCAGUGCCAACUGAAGAUGCCCAGGAGUUUGCGCAAAGAGAGAACCUAUUCUUUAUGGAGACAUCAGCACUUGAGUCCACUAAUGUGGAAACUGCCUUUCUGACUAUUCUAACUGAAAUAUACCGACUUAUUGGCAAGAAAACUCUAACUGCUAAUGAUGAUGCAGAUCCCAGUGGUAGUUCAGGGCUUCUGAAGGGAACCAAAAUAAUUGUUCCUAGCCAAGACAUAAAUGCUGCUGAACAGAAGGGUGCAUGCUGUUAAUAAUCCUAGUUUUUCCUUGUUUUCCAAUCUUCUUAGGCAUUCCUAGAGAAAAGGUAGUCACAUCCCAUCAGCAAAUUGUAGGCUAUAUUUAUUUACUAUGGUGCUUGUUUGUUGGUCACAAACAUUGUUUUCUUCUUUUUUGUCCCUUUCUGCCUUUAGGAUUUAAAUUUGUUAAUACAAAUUCCAGGUUGUGAAGCCAUGGUUCAGUUCAGAUAGAGGAAUGGAAACUGUGUAACUUACUGGAUGCAUUUAUUUUUGGCAUUCAACUGAUUUUCAUUCAACUGUAAGAACUUGAGUGUUUGACA